AUGCUGGUGCUCCGCGUUUAUUUUGUGAAGGAGGUGACAGCUCAGGAGGCGUUGGACGUAGAGUAUAAGGAUAUAGCGCGAUUGGGUGUCAUCCAGGUCGCUGGUGACGAUCGACUAGGGCGGAAGGUCGUCGUCUUCUCUGCAUGUCGCCUGCCACCCUAUGACGAAGUUGAUUAUCAACGUCUCUAUGAUUACAUCAAAAGGACACUGGAGCAGUACGUGGCGAACGACUACUCUUUGGUGUACUUCCACUACGGCUUGACGAACGUCACAAAACCACCAAUCAAGUGGUUAAUGCAGGCUUACCGGGGCUUUGAUCGCAACUUCAAGAAGAAUCUCAAAGCCCUCUACAUUGUCCACCCCACCAAUCUGGUCCUCUUUAUGAUUAAAGUUUUCAAACCCAUCAUCAGUCGGAAAUUUGGUCAGAAGAUUAACUUUGUCAAUCAGCUGAGUGAACUGUCGAUUGACAUGCAUCUGGACCAGAUUCCAAUUCCGCAACGGGUUCGACUGUACGAUGCCAACCUUGUUAGAUCAAGAAACACCCUGACGUUUCAGACUGGUGGUCAGCUGCCAGUGCAGCUGCCAGCCUAUCUCCCACCAACUGCGAAAUAUCCGCCCAGACCCCACCAGGUCUUUGGCGUGUCUCUUGAUUUCAUAAUGAAGCACAAUAACAACGACCCCAUCCCAUCUCUCCUUAAGGAGUCAGUUGAGUACAUUCGCCGGAACUGUCUAGACGUGGACUGCAUUUUUCGGCGAUGUCCAAGUGCGACGCUGGUAAAGUCUGUUCAAGGGACGUACAACUCAGGUGGCUCUGUAAAAUUCGAGGCUUUCGGUGACCCUCAUCUACCGGCAUCCCUCAUUAAGACAUUCCUUCGCGAACUGACUGAACCGAUUCUCACCUACGAACUUUAUGACGCGGUUCUGAGUCUACACAGUACGUCACUUGCUUUGUCCAGGCAUCUCUUAUCAGAAGUCGAGAUGAAUAGCGUCCAGCCGCGGUUUAUUUGA